UUGUUUCCUUAUUUCCUUGUUUCCUAUCUGGGUCUCAUUUAUUCAACGGUCUUUCCUACUACGACAUACUCUCUUCUGCUGUGCAGACCGCUAUCCAUUCCUUGCUGCAUCAAUCGCUUCGUCUGUCUACUUCCGUCUCCAUCGGAUCCUUAGCCACAUCGACCUUACAACAUCCAACUUUAGUCCACCAACAUGCCUGUCCCCAGCUACAACGCCAUGCCUUUGAGCAAGAUGUUCCUUGGCGCCCGCGUCCUCCAGGCAAUCUGCAUGAUCCUAAUCAUCGGCAUCUGCUCCAACUUCAUCCAAAUGAUCGUCACAACCGGUGUCGAGCCCCCCAAAGAGUUCGUCGGCACACUGAGCGUGACAUGUAUCGCAGCCCUCUACAUCAUGGUCAGUGUAGGCUACUACUGGUCGCAAGCCAACCUCGGUCUCCUGGUCAUGACAGGCGUCGACUCCCUAAUCCUCAUCGCCUUCAUCGUCUGCGCUGUCACUCUGGGUAAACCCAUGUCUUUCCUCAACUGCUACGUCAUCGGCAAGUCUUCCGCAGAAGUUGACACGAUGUACGCCAACGCUUUUGUCACGGCGACGGUUGAGAACCUGAACAAGAGCACGAGCAGCUUGGGUCAUUGGGCGGGUGUUACGAGGAGCAACUGCUUCCAGGCCAAGACUGUCUGGGGCAUGGCUAUCGCGCUUUGCGUACUCUUCACUGUUUCUUGCGCUCUUCUGCCUACGCUUUGGUACAAGAACAACAUGAAGAAGCCUGCCAAGACCGUCGAGGAGGCUUAAGCAUCAAGAAUCUCCGGCCUUCUAUACAGCCACGAGACACAACGACUCAGCAGUCGAAAAAGGAAUGCGCCUGACAAUAGCGCUGUCUGCCAGUUCCUCCUCCUCCUCCUCCACACUAUCAACACAAAAAACUCAUGUCUUUCUUUUAUCUGUCAAAAACGCAAAAAUAGUCUGCAUUGCGAGGGAGUUUGGAGUCGUCUAUCAUCAUUUCUGUUCUCUUCUUCAGACAUUGAAUGUCGAUAAUCCUAAUGGAUAGUUUUGGGCCUAGUUGCCCUAUAAGAAUACGAUUCUAUGAGUCUACUAU